AUGGCGUCCGCCUCCCUCCCGGCUCCCGCGCUCGGCCGCGCCGCGCCCCUGAAGGCCUUCGACUACAGCCGCACGGGCGUGCGCGGCCUCGUGGAGUCCAGCGUCUCCUCCGUCCAGGAGCUCUUCCGCCACCCAGACCCCUACGGCUCGCUCUCGCUCGCGUCGGCUGCCCGCAGCUGGGGCUUCUUCCACCUCGUCAACCACCAGCACGCGCUCCCCAACCCCGUCCCCGCAGCGAACUACGACUACCCCGCGCGCGCCCUCGCCGCAGUGCGCGCCUUCAACGAGCUAGUGGACGGCGGAGCGUGCGCCGCUCUACGGCCGCCGCGGACGGCGCGGGCCUUUGUGAGUUGUCCCCUGAAGAGCGGCGUGAAGAGGGCAGGAAGUCCGGGAACUUGGGCAUGGUCAUAA